CGCAGCAUUCGCGCGCACCCAAAACUGAUGUUUCCUGCUUCGCUCACUCGGGAGCUUUAAUAAUGUCAAGUCAUAUGAUUCUUUCAAAAAUUUCCUUUUAAGUGUCAACUUCUGUGUGAAGCAUUGCUUUUACCUCGAUAUGAUGAAACGAAAAAAUCCAUUUGAUGAAGUUCCUAUCCUCAGAAAGAUGCACAUUAGUGCGAAAGAAGUGGACCUGGGUGUCAAUGCCCAAGAAAAUAUGAAGAAAGUGUAUGACAAAACACACAACCUGUUAUUUUAUGGAGCCACAAAAAAUCAAAAUUGCAAUCCUGAGCUCAGCAGGCAUCCACUCAACAAACCUUCCCCAGAGGAACAAAAAGGUGUGGGAAAAUUGUGCUGUCAAUCAAAUAUGAAAUCCAGCUGUUCCUUUUGUGAGAAGAUAGUUUGUGUGAGGUGUGCUCGACUCUGCUAUUCCUGUAAUUUUGAAUUUUGUCAGCUGUGUUCUAUUUUGCAGUACAGUGCCCAAGAAGAAUAUGCUGUGUGUUUGUCUUGUUUAUAAAAAUAGUUGUGUACAUAUGCGUUUUAAACAUUUUUUAUUCCUUCAUUCCAAAGUGAUGCAAUAUUUAUUUUUAACUAUUUCAAAUAAUUUUAGAUUAAAUUAUGUGUAUGCUUGUCAAAUUUUAUGCCAUUUUCUUCAAUGUGUUUAGAAUAGUAGUCUUUGCAUCAGAUGUAAAUAUUUUCUUUUAGUAAGGGUAGUAAUAUAGUUUCAUGUUUUUCACUUUAACUUAUAUGUAUGUAACUUCAUAUUAAUGUAAAACUUUUCAUUUUAAACAUUAUGACAUAAUAGAUAUGAUUAUUUUGAAAACAUAAUAUAUACAACUUGUGAUUGUGAAUUCUAUUGUCAGCAAAUUGUAAAUAUGAUGAAUAAAAAAAGACUUUGAAAAUAUGUAGAAGAUUGAAGUAAACUGUAAAAAUUUAUUUAAUGUAUGUGAAAAAUAAAUCUAGUUUAGCUAGAAAAUAUGCUU